CACACUUCCUCCGUCUAUUGCCACUAUUCCACAUCAGCUUUCUUUAAACUCUAUUCACGAUGGAUACGGACUUUGAUUAUGGCACUCCACCACCAGAAGAACGCUUAAUACGAGAACAUACUUUGACCGCAGAACAAGAAGCAGAUUUAACGGAAGCCUUUACACUGUUUGAUACUAAAAAUCAAGGCUAUAUAUCUAUGAAACAAUUGAAGGAUAUAAUGCAUGCAGUUGCGCACAAUCCGCUGGAGCAUGAACUGCAGGAAUACUAUAAUGAAUAUGAUCCCAAUAGUACAGAUGAAUUGUAUCUCAGUGAUUUUCUGCAUCUGAUGUCAGAGCGUUAUAAGGACAUGACGCCGGAGGAUGAGGUUAUAUUGGCAUUUCAGGUCUUCGACAAAGACGAUAAUGGAUAUAUACAUGAAAAUGAAUUUCGACAAAUUAUGUCUACGAUGGGAGAUCCCAUGGAUCCUGAUGAUGUCGAUCAGAUUAUACUCGAUGCCGAUUCGAAUACCGAGGGCAAUAUUCUCUAUAGAAAUUUCGUAGCCAUGAUGAGUGAAAAGUAA